AUGCAGGCGCAGAUCGACAACUUCCAGAGAGUCUCCGUCCUCGCGGAGGCGUUGCCGUACCUGCAGCGCUUCGCGGGCGAGACCGUCGUCGUGAAGUACGGAGGCGCCGCGAUGAAGGACGAGUCGCUAAAAGAUCGCGUCAUACGCGACCUCGUCCUGCUCUCCACCGUGGGCAUCCGCCCCGUGCUCGUCCACGGCGGCGGGCCGGAGAUCAACCAGUGGCUGAACAAGGUUGGGAUCGAGGCGAAGUUUCUGAACGGCCUGCGCGUCACGGACGCGGCGACGAUGGAGAUCGUCGAGAUGGUCUUAGGCGCGUUUUCAUCCUUCCUCACUCACACUGUCGGCAAGGUGAACAAAUCGCUCGUGUCGCUCAUCAACGUCGCGGGAGGCAGGGCCGUGGGGAUCUGCGGGAAGGACGGCAACACCCUCCGCGGCCGCGUCCGCGACCCGGAGCUCGGGUUCGUCGGCGACGUCACGAGCGUGGACGUGAGCGUGUUGCGCGGCUUGUUGGACUCGGGCGCGAUCCCAGUCGUCGCGACGGUCGCGAUGGACGCGUCCGGGCAAGCGCUCAACGUCAACGCGGACACCGCCGCGGGCGAGCUCGCCGCGUCGCUCGGCGCGGCGAAGCUCAUCCUCAUGACGGACGUCCCCGGGGUGUGCACGGACAAGGACGACCCGGGGAGUUUGUUGCGAGAGCUGACCAUCAGCGAGACGCGGGAUCUCGUCGCGGACGACGUCAUCGCCGGCGGAAUGAUCCCGAAGGUGGAGUGCUGCGUGAAGAGCAUCGCGCAGGGGGUGAAGAGCGCGCACAUCAUCGACGGGAGGGCGCCGCACUCGUUGCUGUUGGAGAUUCUCACGGACGAGGGCGCGGGGACGAUGAUCACGGGAUGAUUCGAGGCGGAGGCGACUGCUGGAGUGUUAUUAAGCUUACCGUCCCGUGUUAACAACUUCGAUUAUGAAUU